UGACCGGAAGUGGCGGCAACCCCGGAAGUGCCUGCGGCGUACCGCUGGUCGGAGCGCUGGUGUAGCUUCGCCGCUCCGAGGGCUGCUCCCGGACCCGUCAUGGAUGAUACACUGUUCCAGUUGAAGUUCACAGCAAAGCAGCUGGAGAAGCUCUCCAAGAAGGCGGAGAAGGACUCCAAAGCUGAGCAGGCCAAGGUGAAGAAGGCACUGCAGCAGAAGAAUGUGGAGUGUGCCCGGGUGUAUGCGGAGAACGCCAUCCGCAAGAAGAACGAAGGUGUGAAUUGGCUGCGUAUGGCAUCCCGUGUGGACGCGGUAGCCUCCAAGGUGCAGACAGCUGUGACCAUGAAGGGGGUGACCAAGAACAUGGCCCAGGUGACCAAAGCCCUGGACAAGGCCCUGAGCUCCAUGGACCUGCAGAAGGUGUCUGCAGUGAUGGACAGGUUCGAGCAGCAGGUGCAAAACCUGGACGUGCACACGUCGGUGAUGGAGGACUCCAUGAGCUCAGCCACCACGCUGACCACGCCCCAGGAGCAGGUGGACAGCCUCAUUGUGCAGAUUGCCGAGGAGAAUGGGCUCGAGGUGCUGGACCAGCUCAGCCAGCUGCCCGAGGGCGCCUCAGCUGUGGGUGAGAGCUCUGUGCGCAGCCAGGAGGACCAGCUGUCACGAAGGUUGGCUGCUUUGCGGAACUAGCUGCCCUCCAUGCUGUGACGCCCUGCACUGUGAUGUCUCAGAGGCACUGUCCCCACCCCUGCCCUCCUCAACCUGCAGAGCUGCAGUCGCCGCCUCCCUGCUCUGGCUGCCAGGCUUGACAGCCUGGGCGGAUUCUGUUUCUCUUGGGUUGGACACUGGGACUGUGUUCUGAGUCAAGGUGGCAAGACGCGUGAGGUCUGUGACCAGGCCAGCAGCAUGGGCUCAGUAGGCUUCCUGCACCCCUGCUGUGGCUGUCACUGCCACCCCCUGCUCCCUGCGCCGGCUGGUACGGGGCUGGAGGGGUUGUGGCUGCCCCGCCUUCAGGCAGCUCCCUGGCCCCCAGUGUCCUGCAGGAAAGGGGAGAACCUGUGUGUGUGAGGGGCAUACAGGGCCACCAGCACCGUGCUGGGGUGCCUUGCUCCUUGGCUCCGUGGCUGCCCAGGUCCCAGUUCACAGGGACAGGGCCAUUGCUUGGGCCCUUGUCCUCCCGUGGCCCCUCUGGAGGUGCCUUGGGCCCCUGGGCUGAGCUCUGUGUGGAAGAGCUCGGUGGAAUCUGAGCUCCUGUGGCAGCCCCUCUCUUUUCCUGUGCCUCUCUGUGCUGCCACCACACGUCUGCACUGCCGCUGCCCACUCCUCAGUUCAGAAGCAGACCAUGGCAGUGUGUCCCCUGGGCUCUGAGGCCUGCCCUCGAGGGUCGGCCAGGCGGACUGAGAGGGCUUUGGGCACAGGCUGCUCUUUUAGUUUCUUGUUACCUGUUUCUGGAAGUUUACUUCAUGGUCUUGAAGCUCCCAGGGUUUUUGUUUUUUGCCAAAGUAGACAGCAGGUGGUCUGCAGGCAUGGGGUCCACCAAGUGGCCCAGUGCAUGGGCUCUUCCCAGAUGUGCUGUGCUUGUUUAUUUCUGUCUGGACCUGCAAGCUGGGUUGUGGGGGAGGGGGACUGGUGGUCCUGGUGUGGGGUCCAGGUGUCGUCUGAUUGUGGCCCUCCCAGACUCCCCAUGUAUUGUGUGGGAUGCUGGCUGGGUGGGGUGCAAAGGCGUCAUCAAGGAGGGCAGUGUGAUCGCCCUCGUCCUGAAGUGCUGUUGGAAGUAAAUAAGUUGAUAAAACUUAAGCUUUGCUUUGGUGUCCUUGGGUGGGCAGAGGGUGCCUUCCCCCACCUGCUGGCAAGGGAUUGGGGCCCAGCUCCAGGGCUGGGAGGAGGCAAAGCUGCGCUGCAGUUACACAGUGGGUUGCUUCUUAAGCCAGCUUCCACCUUGCUCACACUGUUCCACAGACGGUGCGUUCUUCAGCUCAGCACAGGGGCAUGCACCCCAACCUCUGUAUCCUCACCACCUCCCUGGGCCUCACCGUCCACCCUGCAGGUCUCUAGCCCUCCUGGCCCCUGCUGUGGGCCCUCAGCACCCCACAGGGGACACAGAACCACCAGACAGGCAUAGCUGUGUGGUCCAGCCACAGGUGCCUGCUGUGCUGAACUAAAGCAGCUCCGGAGCCUUCCUGGGAAGGGUAGCCUUCCCAUGUAGCAAGUCGAUGUAGCCCGCCCAGCCCCCCAGGAGCCUGGAUGGAGUUUUUGUUCUACAGCCCCCGAGCCUCACUGUGCCCACUCCCUGUGGUCAGUGGCCUGGGCCAUGGAACUCCAAACCCAUCCCAUGACCACCAGUGUCCACAGGCCCAGUGGGCAGUGUUGGCAGAGCAGGCCUUGCCACAUGUCCAGGUGGCCUGGGCUCAGCAGCUCCGACCUAGACCUGCAGUGGCAGUGGACCAAGGCGCACGUGCCAUCUCCGGAUGCCCUCAGCUCCGUGGAAGGCUCUGAGCCUGCGCCUGGACAGACUGACGGAUGGCAAGGUGAUGCCAUGUGUCCCUUGUGUCUGAAGGAGCUUCCAGGUGUGUGAGAAGCCUGGAGCUGGAGCCUCACGCUGCCACGCACCACACGAGAUUGAUGGGGACAGCCAAGGGAGACGCGGCCCCCUGGCCCCCUCCAGAGAUGCAGUCCAAAGGCAGGGUGGGGGUGUGCACGC